GUGAGAGCUAGGCAGCACUCUGGAAGCCAGCUGAUCAUUGCUGUGGUAUUCUGCCACAGAGGCAGAGAGAGCGGGAGCGUGACAGACAGAAAGAGAGAGGGCGAGAGGGAGCAAGAAAAGGCGAGAGCACUGGAAGCUUCUUUCCAUUCUGUCACCCUCUGAGAAAAGGUUCCCAAACAGAACAUCAACAGCAGAGUGGAGAGUGGAAGGAGCACCUUCACUAACAUGAAGAAGAAAACAGUCCAGAGGAGCUACUACUAAAGAUAUGAAGAACAACUGGUGGUUUAUUGAGCCAUCUUUAAGAAGGAGAGAAUAAGAUAGAAACAACUGGUUAACCAUUGGAGACAACUCAAACAGAUAGUGUCUAUUCAGACACCACAGAACUGAUUUAGUCUAUCUAGACACAACUCAAGAAGAUAGUGUCUACGCUAUUCAGACCAAAGGAGGAAGCCGAAAACAUUGUCAAGGAGGAUGUCUUGGCUGUCACCCGUGUCUUGGGCCAAGUGGACGUGGACGGCGGUCCGGGGAGCAGGGGAGGGAGAGGACGGUGAGGAGGAGGAGGAGGAGGGCCAGGGGGUGAAGGAGGAGGUUGGACAGCUGCCCCUUAGAGGGAAGCGAGAGGAGGAGGAGGAAGAUGGAUCUCAAGGCUGCAGUUCAGACUCAGAGGGCCACUUUGAGACCCCAGUGGCUCAGAGUCCUGUCCACGCUCCACUCAGAGUCCCAGGAGAGCUGGAGACCCUCACCACUGACAGAGCAGAUACCCUGGAGGAGGAGGAUGAACAGCUGAUGGUGUCUGGCCUAGCUGGGGAUCCAGCUCAUAGCCUCCUCUUUAACCAGAACAUGGGCCAGGCUGAGCCCCCCUUGGCUCCUGAGGAGGCCCCUGUGAACCCUAAGGAGGAGGCCCCCGUGGACCCUAAGGAUGGGCCCCAAACACUUCCCAACACAACAGACACUGCAGAGGUUCAACCCUCCACAGCAGACCCACCAGCACAGGCCAAUGGAGAAGCAAUGACCAGCCCUCCUCUGAACUUAGGUCUACCUGAUGAGAGGCCAAAUGCUACCUCUCUGGACUUAGGCCUACCUGAGGAGAAGCCACUGGCUACUUCUCUGGACUUAGGUCAACCCGAGGAAGAGAGGCCACUGUCCAGCAGCACAGAGACAGUUUGUAAUGGACACCCCGUUGAGACCAUCUCUGAACCGCAGGCCAAACUCACUAAAAUCCCUAAAACCACUAAAACCAAGCCCCCUUCCCUGAAGAUAAAGACAGCCCUGAGCGAGGCUAGCACACUGGGGGAUGGGGACAUUGACAUCAUCACAAUCCCUAAAGCUAGCUACAACUUCGACCCGGACCAGUUUGACGACAGCUUUAACCCGUUCGCCACUGGAGGCUCCAAGAUACAGAACUCCCCGCCAGCUUUUGCAGCCGAUGCCCUGCCCACACUUGAGUCGCUACCUGUAAGUAGCUCCUUUCCCAAACUGGAGCCUUUGCCUGUACGUAGCUCUUCUCCACCGCUUUGCAGGACUAGUUCCUCACGUAAAAUGGAGGUUGAGGAGGUCAUAGAGUUAUCGUCGGAGGCAUCAGAGGAGCCCAAGCCUGUGAAGAUGGAGUUUGGGUUAGACGAGGCAGGCGAGGUAAAAAAAACACAGCCGAGGAGGCUGAGUAAAAAGCCUGGCAGCAAGCUCGCCGUCAAGAAGCCAAAGGCCAAAGCAACGACGACAGCACCUGCUCCGACGCCGACACCCGAACCAGUCGUAGCUGAACCGGUAGCAGAGACAGUUUCAGAAACAGCUUCCGAACCGCUUUCCGUGCCAGGUGCCUCCUUAAGUUUGGAUGACGUUCCAAUUCCCAAGUCCACUUAUAAGUUUGACCCCAACCAGUGGGAUGACCCUAAUUUUAACCCCUUUGGGGGUGGUGGUGGCAAAAUGAGCGGUUCCCCAGUUCUGCCCAAAGGAUCCUACAGCUUUGAUCCUCAGAACUUUGACGACUCAGUGGACACAUUUAAGCUGUCUAAAGCCCUGGGCAGUGAAAACCCAACUUCCCUGGAUACCCCUGAGAGGCCAGCAGAGGAAGCAGUGAAACCAAAGCUGGAUCGCCCUCUGGAGGAGGAGAAGAAAACGUGCCAGCCUCCAAAGAAAAGCAAGGACAGGAUCAUCAAGAAUUCUUGUAAGGUGAAGAAGUAUGAAAACCAGUCCCUGGUCCUGGAUGUCUGCAAUCAGGAAGAGGAUGCUGUGGUGUCCCAGGUCCAAGGAAUGCCCCGCCGUGUUCGCCAUGCCACCGAUGAGGAAAAGCUGGCUUGCAGUGGCAUCAUGGGCCAGAAAGCCAAGGAGGAGGCCGAGGUGGAGGUGGAGGAAGAAGAAGACUCAGCGUGUGCCAAAAGCCCAGCUAAAGGCCCAGCCAAUGUCAAAAGCCAGGCGCUGCUGGAUGGUCCACAGGCGAGGAUAACACACUGUAUGGAUGAGAAAGACAUUUGCACUUUGAGUGAAGAGCUGUCAAUCACCCCAGGGCCAAAGUUGAUUGGCUGUGAGGGUCACGAUGACAAAGGCAGUCCCUCCUCCCUGGAUACCAUAUCGCAAAGUGAGAUGGACAAAGCAGCAGUGCUCACCUUGAUCAGAGAGGAGAUAAUCACUAAAGAGAUAGAAGCCAAUGAAUGGAAGAGAAAGUAUGAAGAAAGCCGCAUGGAGGUGUUAGAGAUGAGGAAAAUAGUGGCAGAGUACGAGAAAACCGUUGCACAGAUGAUUGAGGACGAGCAGCACAAGAGGAGUGUCCUGGGCUCCCAAAAGAGCAUCCAGCAGGUGAUCCUGGAGCGGGACCAGGCCUUGGCUGACCUCAACUCUGUGGAGCGCUCACUUUCUGACCUCUUCAGACGCUACGAGAACAUGAAGACCGUCCUGGAAGGCUUUAAGAAGAAUGAAGAGGUGCUGAAGAAGUGUGCCCAGGAGUACCUGGUCCGCGUCAGACAGGAGGAACAGAGAUACCACACACUCAAGAUCCACGCAGAGGAAAAACUAGACAAGGCAAAUGAAGAUAUCGCCCAAGUGCGCUCCAGGGCCGACUCAGAGAGUGUGGCUCUUCAUGCCAGCCUGAGGAAGGAGCAGAUGAAGGUAGACUCCUUGGAGAGAGCUCUCCAUCAGAAGAACCAAGAAAUUGAGGAGCUCACAAAGAUCUGUGACGAACUAAUAGCAAAGCUCGGAACAUUAGACUGAUACCUGAUAUCAUGAACUUUGGAGUUCUUGGAUGUACUGUUCCACCAACAUCUCUCCGCUCUGCCUUACCGUUGCAGCCAAGGCCUAACCAUCCCCACCACUAGUAAACGACUGUGCACACUUCAACACAAUCUAAACCCUUCUCUGCUAAUAUUACUCAUACACACAGGGAGUGACGGCAGUAGUCACCCCUGUUGUCUCUCAACUGGAACAAAUAAACAGCAAAACAGCUAUGAGUAUAUGUUUUUUUUUAGGACCAAUUAAGUAUUGAUGUGGCAAUUUGUAAUGUGCAUGUGCAGCUGUUAUAUGCAUGUAGGGCCCAAUCGUAACUUUUGCAUAAAUAAAGCAUUAGUAUGGACAUUACUGUUGAUUUCUCCCUGUUGUAAGGCUAUGUGAGGGAACUGUAAGUCGCUCUGGAUAAGAGCGUCUGCUAAAUGUCAAAUGUAACUGCUAGUAACCUGUUGCGUUGCGUACUGUGGGGUGUGUUUGUAAAGUAUGUUCCACAUCAUGGAUUAUCAGUAUUGAAGAAAGAGACAGAGACGUGUGAUCCAGAAAGGGAUUGGGGGACAUUUUUCUGUUGAUACAGGGAAAGAGAUCAACAAUCAAUGAGUUGGUGGCUCUUGUUUUUCAAUCGCUUGCGUUCCACGGGUUUAGACUUUACACAAUCAUUCUGCUGCUAUUCUAGUAACUACUAGAGAUGGAGAGCGAUCCAUUUUUUGUUUUAUAGAGUUACCAUUUCUAUCUACUCUCAGUUGAUCUUCUAUUGUUUUGUACCUUUCUUUAGGUAGGACAAUGCUUUUAGGGGUAUGCUAGUAUAAGUUCUUUAAAAAAUCGAUCAUGGGAUUGCACAUUUAUUUUAAUAACUAUGUAGCUUCUUGUUAUUUGAUAUUAACUUCAAACUGCAGUUUGUGGUCAAUGCUCUAGAUCUUUUAUGUAGCUCCAUUAGAUAUACUCUAUAUACCCUUAUUAAUUAUUAUAAUAAUUUGAAGGCAAAUCAAUGUUUCAUGUGUACAGCAUAUAUCAAAGUAUGUUUGUUUGCUCAUACAGUGAGGGACAAAAGUAUUUGAUCCCCUGCUGAUUUUCUACGUUUGCCCACUGACAAAGACAUGAUCA